AAAAGAGAGAGAGAGACAGGCUGCUGGGUGGCUGCUGCCGCUUCUCUCUUUCUGUUCCUCUGUCUUUCUCUCUCACAGAGAGCAGGCUUAGGAGGAGCUGUUUUGCAUCCAUUCACGUCAGCCCUGCCUCAUUCCCUUCUUCCUUCCUGCUACAGAAAGACACAGAACAAGCUGAGAAGCAGGGACUGAGAGAGAAAGAGGCGACAAGACAUCCCAGCAGCUCGGCUCUCUGUGCCAGCCCUGAGACGACCCGGGGAGCCCCGCACUUCACGGAAGGGCAUGCCAUUCUGAUGGUAUGUAAUAUGGAUCGGUUCACUGAUUUUGGCACCCAGACUGAUGCCGUGGUGGUACUCUCUCUAGCACAGGCUGCUGUUCUGGGCCUUGUGUCAGAUAACGAGCUUUUUGGAGCCACAAUCAGCCCAAGUGGAUUCUUCCCCGCUUCCAGGAGUGACUUUUCAGAUAAUGGACCUAUCGAGGCAGAGCAGCCAGAAGGUGAAAACUACCUGAACACUGGAGGAAAAGUUGCAGCUGAACCACUAGAAGAUGAUGCCUUGGAUUCAGAAAAACAUCCAAAACGGAAGAAACGUCUUCCAGUCAAAGUGGUUCCGAAAAUUAAAUGUGAAAAACCUGAAGAGGAGGCAGAUGCAGGGGAGAUCUGCCAGGUCACAAUAGGAGCCAAAAGUGAAGAAGAUGAAAAUGAGGAAAUGGUUUCACAAGAUAUUCAGGAGCACAAUACUAUACCAAACACUUCUACGAAAAUGAUUGACCUCAAUACAUUCCAUAAGAAGCCAAAGAGGUUUCGCCACUUUCGAGAAAGACCACGUCAUGUGGACACUGAGUAUCGACGCAUUUUACCGCACCACAUCCAAAACUCCUACCCUCUUCCACCUAUGCCAAUGAUCCCUGGGAACUCCAGCUUGGACAGUAUGCAAAGGCAGUGUAGUUUUGGGCCUAGCGUAAUGCAGCCUAGUGACCUUAGCACCUCAAUAGUUGGAUCACCAAAAACUGAGGACAAUGUGCAAAGCUUUAUUUGGCCUGAACCUAACGAACAUGAAACGGAUACAGCUGAAACAGUUGAACGCAACAAAAAGGCUCAGUUGGAUAGGUUGGAUAUAAAUGUACAGAUUGAUGACUCUUAUCUAGUGGAGGCUGGUGAUCGUCAGAAACGGUGGCAGUGCCGAAUGUGUGAGAAAUCCUAUACCUCAAAGUACAACUUAGUCACACACAUCCUGGGGCACAGUGGCAUCAAACCCCAUUCAUGCCCACACUGCAACAAACUUUUCAAACAGCCAAGUCACUUACAAACUCACCUCCUUACACACCAAGGGACAAGACCACACAAGUGUGAGGUGUGCAACAAAGCAUUUACACAGACCAGCCACCUGAAGAGACACAUGUUACUCCACACAGAUAUCAAACCCUACAGCUGCCGCUUUUGUGGCCGGGGCUUUGCCUACCCCAGCGAACUCAAGGCCCACGAAGUAAAACAUGAAAAUGGUCGGUGCCACGUCUGUGUUGAAUGUGGACUGGACUUUGCUACAUUAACACAGUUGAAACGUCAUAUCUCCUCACACCAAGGACCCACCAUGUACCAGUGUCUGGAGUGCAACAAGUCCUUCCACUAUCGCAGUCAGCUACAGAACCAUAUGAUGAAACAUCAGAAUGUACGACCAUUUGUCUGUAAAGAGUGUGGCAUGGAAUUCAGCCAAAUCCAUCAUCUCAAGCAGCAUUCACUUACGCACAAGGGAGUAAAGGAGUUUAAAUGUGAGGUAUGUGGGCGGGAAUUCACUCUGCAUGCCAACAUGAAGCGCCACAUGCUGAUCCAUGCCAGUGUUCGCCCAUUCCAGUGCCAUAUCUGCUUUAAGACCUUUGUACAGAAGCAAACGCUGAAGACCCAUAUGAUAGUGCACUCCCCCGUGAAGCCGUUCAAAUGCAAGGUUUGCGGAAAAUCUUUCAACCGAAUGUAUAAUUUGCUGGGUCACAUGCACCUUCAUGCAGGAUACAAGCCCUUUAAAUGCCCAUAUUGCUCCAGCAAGUUUAACCUGAAAGGCAACCUCAGUCGUCACAUGAAGGUCAAACAUGGGGUGAUGGACAUCAGUUUGGAAAGCCAAGAUCCAAUGAUGAACCUUCCUGACCAAGAAGCCAAUAAUAUGGAAAGCCAACAAGAAAUGGAUGACUUUGAAGAGAACUCAUACAGUUAUGGAGAAGUGGAGAAUGCAUCAGAUGAUCAGUCAAUGGCUGAGCAAACAAUGAAAGAUAUGGUCUAUUACAAUGUCUUAUAGUUAUAAGUCCAUGUUCCAAGCCUGACAGAUGAAAUCCUUGAACUUAGUUCAUUUUCUGAAAUCCAGUUUUACUUCUUGUAUCAAAUCACAAUUGAAACAACUAUUUGUGCAUCAUUUAUCAGCUAUGGCCUUAUGGAGAAGCAUGGAUGUAUAUAGGUACAUAUCAGCACAUUGUUUCUCUAGCUCUGGUCUGGUUUGAUCAAGAUGGAUAUAAUGUCAGCAGGCAUAUUUCUAAGUUGGACUUUCAUUAUAGUAGGUCCUUUUAUGGACCAUGCACAGACUCUUAUUUCUGGUUUUGUAGCUUGACCACUGGUGUUGUUAGAAGUUUGCUUUUGUCACAUUUUAUGUUACUAUGCUUUGCAUCAGAAAUGUAGUAUCUAUAAUCUGGAAUGAAACCUAAUCUAGUGAAUUUGUCCAUGUAGCCCACUACCUUUCCUUCAUGCUCAGAAGCAGAUUGUCUUACACUGAGGGGCUUUUUAGAAACAGGACACCCUGAAAAAAUAGCCCUUGAUUUUAUCAAAGAGACAUGGAGCCUUGUUUUAGAAUGUUUCUGACUGAGGGUUAAGACCUCUACAGAUAUUGCUUUGCCGUCCAGGUGCACAUUGGUCCUUGCAAAGCAGUCUACUACUUUCCAUGCUGCGUGGAACUGAUUGUAUACCUAUUCACACUUGAUAUUUUGACAGUGAAAGGGAAUUCGAGGAGACCUUGGUUCAUGAAAUGAGCUGUAGCAACAUAAGUUGCCUUUCUACCUCUUCUGCUCUCCUCGGCCCUACCUACAAAGAGACUGAUCGCUACUGAUCUGUAUAUUACACUGUACUGUAUUUUUCAAUGCACCAUUUGAUUGGUUUGGAAAUAACUAUUUAACUGUCUUAGUCUGCUUCAUAUUACAUUAGUAAGGAACUGUGAGAAAUCCUUGGAACCCGGUCAUAUAUGUAUGCCAGUUACGGACCACUUCUUAGAUAGUUCACUUGUUUUUCUGUCAUUGGGCCUUCCGGUAAGUCUAAUUCUAUAGGCCUCAUUUAAAAGAAAUUAUUUUUUUCAAAUUUGCAUAUUUUAUAUUCUAAAUUAUCAAUAUACAGUAUAAUUGUUUCUCUAUGUUCUAGACAUAUGAGGAAAAUAAAGUCAGUUUUCCUACAUUUUCCCCGUGUCAAUCAUAUUAUUAGGUCCAGCCUUUGUCUCCUGCAGAAGGUUAUGUUCAUUCUUGAAUCUCAAGCCAACAAUACAAAUAUUUUAGUGGGAAAAUGAAGUAUGUCACAACUAUUACAUUCUGUAUUGGAUAUAGGCCAAACUCAUCCCCUCACAGGAAAA